AUGAUUAUUGCAGAUUUUACUGGCCAACUCAAAGGUUGGUGGGAUAAUUAUAUGAGCAUUGAACAAAAGGCUGCGGUGAUAAAUGCUAAUUCUGAUAGUGAAGGUGUUGAUAACUUGGGCAUGACUGUAGUGAAAAAUAGAGAAGACACGGUUUAUACCUUAGUCUUAACCAUUUUAGAACAUUUUAAUGGUAGAUUUACCAAUCAAUAUGAGAUUGUUCGUACCUUGUUAAAUGGUCUACGUUGUAGAACCUUGGGAGAAUUUAGAUGGCAUAAAGAUACUUAUAUGAGUAGGGUGAUGGAACUACCCGAAAAUAGUUAUGAGCAUUGGAAAGCUAAGUUUAUAGAUGGCCUUCCCCCUUUGUUUGCCGAAAGAGUUAGAAAAGCUAUGAGGACUUAUCAUGGUGAAAUUCCUUAUAAAGAUUAUAUUUAUGGUAAGCUGAUAGGAGUUUGCACGCAAGAUAUAAAUUUGUGCAAUGAAUUAAAGUUAUCCAGACAACUUAAGAUGGAUAAGCUCAAAGAAAGAUCUCAGCUAGGAGAAAUUUGUAACCAAUUUGAUUUACCUGAUACUUCUGCUAAUAGCAAGAAGAAGAAACAUAGAGAUUCUAGAUACUCCAAUCCUGAUAAACCUUAUAGGAAAAGGAGAUCUAGAUAUAUAAAUCUAAGGAAGAGCGCGACGCUAGAAAAGCCUUUCCUUGAAAAGCUGAAAACCUUAGAACUUGAUGAAGAAGUUCAUGAUAAGCUUUAUAGUUUCUUAUACACUUCUGAUUCUGAGUCUAGUUAUGAUUUUGAUUCAGGUUUUGAGGAAGAGAUUGAUUUGCUUGAUUUAUCUGGUAGUAAUUAG